UAUUGUGAAAGGAUGCUUCACAAUGUGCUUGAAUUAUACGGUCAUGAACGCAAAAUAGUUCAUAUGAGCAUAUCGUCGUUAUCUCACCAGAUUGGUACAACUGAAACUAAAUUACACUGCACCCAUUUCCUGUCAUCGAUGAGUAAAUCAGCAAACACAAUACGCAACUUUUCACACACUUGAUGUUCAACAACGACUGUGAUUGUUCUACAUGCUCAGCUUGAACAAAUUUCUGCUGGUGAAUCGUUUGCAAGAAAUCAAUCAAAAUAAGAGAAAAGUGAAACAUCGACUGAUAAGACUUGCUAAUACAAUAUAAUGGGAAUAUCACACAGAACUUUGGCAGUUAAGUGAAGAUUCACUAUGAGGACAUUUAUUGUACUGUCACUGUGGAUAGGAUCUGUGUUUUCGGCAGUCGCAGAGGACACUUGGUUUGCGAAAAAAAUUCUGCCAAAUGGGUUAGAAGUGUUUAAAGAAGCAAACAACUACACUGGAAGGAUUGUUGGCGGUACAGAAGUUAACGUAGCGCAGUUCCCGUAUCAACUAUCUCUCCGUUCCAAUGGAAAUCACUUCUGUGGUGCCUCGGUAAUUGCUUAUUACUGGGCACUGUCAGCAGCCCAUUGCACUUUUCCAGUUCCAGUGAUAUCGACAAUAACCCUACGUGGUGGUAGCGGCAGCCACCUUUCCGGGGGUGUUAUCUUCCAGGCUGCUCAAAUUGUGAAUCAUCCUAACUAUAACGCAGACAGGCUCGACUUUGAUGUCAGUGUCAUACGAAGCUCUACCGCAUUUAUUGGUACAAACAUCGCGCCGAUAGCGCUGCUACCAGCUGGAACAGAGUUAGCUACUGGAACUUCAAGUAUUGUGUCAGGAUGGGGUUUAACCUUCCCUGGCGGAAAUAUUCCGACAAAUUUAAUGGCCGUUAACAUACCGAUUGUUUCGCAAGCUACAUGUAGCAUUCAAUGGGGCGUGUCUAGUAUCACCGGAAACAUGAUUUGCGCUGGACAACAAGGUCGUGAUUCAUGCAACGGAGACAGCGGAGGUCCACUUGUUAGUGGAGAACGUCAAGUUGGAAUCGUAUCGUGGGGUGCUACCCAAUGUGGAGGAGCAUUACCUGGUGUGUACACCCGAAUCGCGUCCGUUGGCAUCCGGAAUUUUGUUACCUCCAUCGUUGUGAAUAUGGAGACGAAAAUAUUUUCAAUGAGAGCCUUUUUCAUCUAUAUUUCGGUUAUAUGUUUUCUGCAAGUAACCUGCAAUGGAAAUACAAUGGACAGUAUUAUUGAAAUGAAUUACCAUCGCCGGCAGCCAGCAAUCUUUAAACUACUACGAAAAUACAGCCUUUGGCCUCCGUCGACGGCAUUGGGACCUCUUGAGCAGUACGACCCUGGGGCCAACAUAAGCCCAUUCAUUGUAGGUGGAGACUCAACAACUAUUACGUCGUACCCAUUUCAACUGUCUUUAAGGAAUGGUGGAGUUCACAUCUGUGGUGCUACUAUUCUUUCUGAAAAGUGGGCUUUGUCUGCUGCUCAUUGCCUUGAUGACGGAAGUUCACCGGCUUGGAUAACUUUUCGCGGUGGAAGUCCACACAAACUAUCCGGUGGCUAUCUCUUCCAUGCAGUUCAGAUUAUUCUUCAUGAGAACUUCGAUUCGAAAACAUUCCUUUGUGAUGUUGCAGUAAUAAAGAUAGCGGAAAACUUUUUGGUGGAUUUUCUGCAGCCAGUCCAGUUAGUGGAUAACACUAUUCAAGUUAGUUGUCCGAGUGUUCUUGCCACCGUAAUCGGUUGGGGUACAGCGGCUAACGGAUAUGCACCGGUGAUUCUACAGGAGCUGCAGGUUUUAAUCCAAUCGGUAGACGCUUGUUCUAAAAUAUGGAUAGAGCAAAUAACAGAAACAAUGUUGUGCGCCGGAGGAGUCCUCGGGGAGGAUACAUGUAACGGGGACAGUGGUGGCCCCCUUAUGUGUGAUAACUAUCAGAUAGGAAUAGUAUCUUGGGGAUCAACGAAGUGUGCCGUCGAAAUGCCAGCAGUAUUUACGGAUGUUUCUAGUCCAGAAAUUCGGGAAUUUAUUCGUAAUAACACCGGCGUGUAAGACUAUAGACGAAAACGAAACAAAAAUUACCUAAGUUGCAAAAAUGAUUUAAUAAAGUAAUUAAUCAUACCUAUUUUAAAAAAUAGCCAAAAAAAUAAAUAAAAGUAAAAUUGAAAAAAGUCAUCGCAGAAUCGAAAAUGAAGCCAAUCAUUUUUCAACUACACGGAAUUCAAAAGCAGUAAUUUUCUGCUACGAAUGCAACUAAUGGAAAUUUUCGUAGAAUCGUAACUCCACUACAUUUAUCCCCGAAAUCUCCAACAAUGUAACUGUCAAACAUUCUCAACACGAAGCAAUAAAAGCACAAAAACCUUUAGACACAUCAAAAAAGUUGGACCUGACGGUGUUACUAGUGUUCUCUCGAAGAAUCUUUCUGCAGAAAUUACACUUUACCUAAAACGCCUUUUCUGUUGAAAAGU